CUUAUUUUCACCUACCCCUUUCCUUUUCUCUUCAUCAAACAUGCACCCCACUUUCCAAAGAAGUUCGUUAACAUAGUUAGCAGCAAAACAUAUCUCCCACUAUGUCCCUUCCUUAUUGUUAUCAAAAACAAGAAAAUCAAUUUUCUCAUAUUCAUCAUAUCAUUGCCUUUCAUUUUUUGACAAAAUUGGUGUUUUUUUCCCUCACUCUUGUACUAAUAUUUCUUUCAAUUUCUAUGUGCCAGUGUUGCAUAAUUAGGCAUAAAAAUGGUUAGAGAAAUAUACAAGAUUUCAAAGUCAAGGUCUUUCAAUUUUAGGAAGAUGUUUGAAGGAAGACAUGCACAUAGUCCUGUGGUGUUAGAGAAUGGACAUGGCAGAGAGAUGAAAUUUAGGAGUCAAGGUGUAAAAUCAUCUUCAGCAUUAGAAUUACAUCAAUUAGGUAGUAUUUUUAAUAGGUCUGUUGAUCCUAUUUCGCGCUUCGCCAAAGAAGGAGCAAGAUCAAGAAACAUCCACAAAGAUAAUAAACAGGCUUCAGACAUGGAAAUGAUGAAAGAAAGGUUCGCGAAGCUACUUUUAGGAGAGGACAUGUCCGGUGGAGGAAAGGGCGUUUCAUCUGCUCUGGCUUUAUCAAAUGCCAUUACUAAUCUUGCAGCUUCUGUUUUUGGAGAACAAAGGAAAUUGGAGCCAAUGUCUCAAGAGACAAAAGGAAGGUGGAGAAAAGAAAUCAACUGGCUUUUAUCUGUAUCAGACUACAUUGUUGAGUUUGUCCCUUCUCAACAAAAAUCUAAGGAUGGAACAAACAUGGAGGUAAUGGUGACACAACAAAGAAGAGAUCUGCUCAUGAAUAUCCCAGCCUUGAAAAAGCUUGAUGCAAUGCUCAUUGAUUGCUUAGAAAAUUUUAAAGACGAGAACGAGUUCUGGUAUGUGUCAAGAGAUGCUGAUGAAUCUGAGAAAGGUAUCCAGAGGGAUGAUAAAUGGUGGCUACCUACUGUCAAGGUUCCACCAGAGGGUCUAUCAGAUGAAUCCCGAAAAUGGCUGCAAUAUCAAAAGGAUUGUGUGAACCAAGUACAUAAAGCCUCCAUGGCUAUUAAUGCACAAAUACUCUCAGAAAUGGAAAUUCCUGAAAACUACAUUGAAUCUCUUCCAAAGAAUGGUAGAGCAAGUCUUGGUGAUUCAAUCUACAAGAACAUCACAAUCGAGUUUUUUGAUCCUGAACAAUUCCUUUCAACCAUGGAUCUGUCUACAGAACACAAAGUCCUUGAUCUUAAGAACAGAAUUGAGGCAUCUAUAGUGAUUUGGAAGAGGAAAAUUGACCAUAAAGAUGGAAAAUCUGCUUGGGGUUUAGCUGUGAGUGUGGAGAAGAGGGAGCUCUUUGAAGAGAGAGCAGAGACUAUCUUACUCUUGUUAAAACAAAAAUUUCCUGGACUACCUCAAUCUUCUCUUGACAUCAGCAAAAUCGAAUGUAACAACGAUAUAGGACAUUCUAUUCUUGAGAGCUAUUCAAGGGUGCUAGAAAGCCUAGCUAACACGGUUAUGUCGCGUAUUGAAGAUGUCCUAUACGCGGACUCUCUAACACAAGAUCCAGCACUUGCAAUAGAAAAGUUGAACCUCUCAUCAUCUGAUUCCUCACCUCCACUUCCACUAAGUGGUAUGUCAACUCCAAGGGAAUUAGAGGCAGAUGUGUUAAGUUCUGCUACACAAACACCAACUUUAUCCGAUUUCAUUGGCUGGGGUGUGGAGCUAGGAGACACAGGAAUGAAGAAGAAUCAUUCGACGGGUAACUUAGAAGCUUAUUUCAAAGGUGAAAAUGACUACAAAUGCAUGGGGAAACUAGCUAGUAUUACUCCCAAAAGAUUUUCCUACAUUGAAAAGAUUGGAAGUGGCCUAAGAAGUCCAACAGCUCGACAUUAAC